AUGCGUGCCGUUCGCUUCCACGGGGCGCGAGAUAUUCGCAUUGAUGAGAUCGAGGAACCCUCAUGCGGGGUCAAUCAAGUCAAGGUAAGAUCAAAGACUUUUCUUGGGAGUUUAUCUGUCAUGAGCUUGGAAUCCCGCGACCGGCUCCAUUCCAGCGCUAACAACAUCUCAAAGAUCCGACCGGCAUUUGUAGGAAUCUGUGGAAGUGACCUCUACGAGUACCUGUCAGGACCAUCCGCCGUACCAACCAGUCCACAUCCACUGACCGGAGAGAAGCUGCCUACUACUUUGGGUCAUGAGUUCAGUGGGACCAUCGAAGAGGUUGGAAAGGAUGUCAUCGAUUUCAGAGUCGGGGAGAAAGUCACUGUCAUGCCAAAUCUUUAUGAUGGAACAUGUGUCAGAUGCAUGUUGGGUAAGCUUCACCAAUGUCGGAGUCUAGGUUUUAUCGGCUAUAGUGGCAAUGCUGGUGGGCUUUCUGACCACAUAGUUGUGAGGAAAGAGCAAGUCAUUCGACUUCCUGAUUCGAUUCCACUGGAUAUCGGCGCUCUGGUGGAGCCCCUUGCCGUUGCAUGGCAUGCAGUGAGCCAGAGCCCACUACAGGAGAAAGUGGAAGAGAACGACAUAGCUUUGGUCAUUGGGGCGGGUCCCAUCGGUCUUGCAAUUGUGCAGGUCCUGAAAUCCAAAGGAGUGAAGACCAUUAUUGCAACAGAUAUUUCUCGAAAGCGCAGAGAGUCUGCAGAUUCCUUCGGUGCCACCUUGGUUUUGGACCCAACCGAAGUGGAUGUUGUUUCCCAAGUUCGCGGUCUCACAGCUGAUGGUGGUGCCUCUGUGGCCUUUGAAUGCAGUGGAGUACAACCUGGGCUCGAUUCAGCCAUUUCAGGCACGCGACCCUGUGGAACGACUGUCAUAGUGUCUAAAUGGGGCAAAAGGGCAACUAUUGAUGUCUUCGACGUGAUGCUACACGAGAAACACCUUGUUGGGGCAGUCGUAUAUGAAAGAAAAGAUUUUGAAGCUGUGAUUGAUGCAAUCGAUUCAGGCAUGUUUGACGCAUUCAGAGGUCGAGCAGCAAAAGUUUGCUAA